GUGAUGAAUCCCUAAAUACAGAAGAAAGAGAAAGUCCUUAGAGAGAGAAACUUCUUCUUCUACAACAAUCUCGAAAAAUUCACAAAACGAGAGAGAGAGAGAGAGAUUCAAACAAACGAAUCAACAGGUGAGAAAUUCGAAAUCUUUGCGAGCUGGUCUCGCCCAGAAUCUCGAUUUCUCCACCUUCUCUCUUCUUCAUCCUCCAAAUCCCUAAAAAAGGUUCAAACUUUCUUCAUCAAUGGCGGAGAAAAUCACAAGAGAAACGUCUUUACCUAAAGAGAGAAGCAGCCCACAAGCUCUAAUUCUCGGGAGAUACGAAAUGGGUAAGCUUCUCGGCCAUGGAACUUUCGCUAAGGUUUAUCUCGCACGUAACGUGAAAUCAGGAGAAAGCGUAGCAAUCAAAGUAAUCGACAAAGAGAAAGUUCUCAAAGGAGGUUUAAUCGCACACAUCAAACGCGAGAUCUCGAUUCUCCGACGUGUUCGUCACCCAAACAUUGUUCAGCUAUUCGAAGUCAUGGCGACGAAAGCGAAGAUCUAUUUCGUGAUGGAAUAUGUUCGUGGAGGUGAGUUGUUCAAUAAGGUAGCUAAAGGUCGUCUUAAAGAAGAAGUAGCUCGGAAAUAUUUCCAGCAAUUGAUCUCUGCUGUUACUUUCUGUCACGCGAGAGGUGUUUAUCAUAGAGAUCUGAAACCUGAGAAUCUUUUGCUUGAUGAGAAUGGUAAUCUUAAAGUCUCUGACUUUGGACUUAGUGCUGUCUCUGAUCAGAUUCGUCAAGAUGGGCUUUUUCAUACGUUUUGUGGUACUCCUGCUUAUGUUGCUCCUGAGGUUUUAGCGAGGAAAGGUUAUGAUGCUGCUAAAGUUGAUAUUUGGUCUUGUGGUGUUAUCUUGUUUGUGUUGAUGGCUGGUUAUUUACCUUUUCAUGAUCGGAAUGUUAUGGCUAUGUAUAAGAAGAUUUACAGAGGGGAAUUUAGGUGUCCUAGGUGGUUUUCUGCUGAGCUUACGAGGUUGUUGUCGAAGCUUUUGGAGACGAAUCCGGAGAAACGGUUUACUUUCCCUGAGAUUAUGGAGAAUUCUUGGUUUAAGAAAGGGUUUAAGCAUAUUAAGUUUUAUGUGGAGGAUGAUAAGUUAUGUAAUGUUGUUGAUGAUAAUGAGUUGGAGUCUGAAUCGGAUAGAGAUUCCGCGGUUUCUGAAUCAGAGAUUGAGUAUUUGGAGCCUAGAAGGAGAGUAGGGGGGUUGCCUAGACCUGCGAGUUUGAAUGCUUUCGAUAUCAUAUCGUUUUCGCAAGGAUUUGAUUUAUCGGGGUUGUUUGAUGACGAUGGUGAAGGUUCUAGGUUUGUUUCGGGAGCUCCGGUUUCGAAGAUUAUAUCGAAGUUGGAAGAGAUUGCUAAAGUUGUGAGCUUUACCGUGAGGAAGAAGGAUUGUAGGGUAAGUCUCGAAGGUUCAAGACAAGGAGUGAAAGGUCCAUUGACGAUUGCGGCUGAGAUAUUCGAAUUGACACCAUCGUUGGUUGUUGUUGAAGUCAAGAAGAAAGGAGGAGAUAAAACAGAGUAUGAAGAGUUUUGUAACAACGAAUUGAAACCCAAGUUACAAAAUUUGACAGCUGAUGAUGUAGUAGCUGAGCCUGUAAUGGUUUCUGCGGUUGAUGAAACUGAAACCGCGAUCGCGAAUUCUCCACCCGUUUGUUUCUUGCCUUCUGACACUGAAUAGAAGACUUGAAAGACUACAAAGCCAGAGAUCAUGAGGGUAUGUAUACGUUUUGAUUCUCCUUCAUAUUGUUCUUAUGGGAGUUUUGGGUUUUGUAAUCUGAAUUGAAAAACAAAAAGCUGCUUAGGGUUGGUGAGAUUUAGAAUCGAAUUAUGUAACACUAUGUUUCUGUUGGAGAGAGUUGUUAGAGAAAUUGAGUUAUGUUUUUUACUAACCUUUGAGCAGUUUUUUUUUGUAAUGGGAGAAUUGUAAACAGUUUCACAUAAUCAGAUCUUUGAUAUGUAUAAAAACAAUGAAAUAAAUAAAAGAAAGUUCAUUUCUUCUUCUAAAAAAAA